AUGAAUAUAUAAUCGAUCUAAGUCGUCAUAUUUUUAUUUCACACCUUCAAAGAUACUAAAUUUGCAAAGAAUAUACUUCCACCAACACCAUCUAAGAUUAGAAACAAUUCAAACUUGACUAUGCUUGCAUUGACAAUGUCUUUUGGGCUGAAAGUCAUAAUGAAAGCAUAUAAGUUGAGAAAACAACGGGCGUUAUCUGAAUUCAAAAAUCUACCUAAAGAUCAAUGGAAAAAUGACUACCCUAUAAUUUUGGUUCAUGGAUUUGGAGGAUGGGUGCCAGACGAGUCAGCCUUCUUGUUCGGUGAUUAUUUUGGUUAUGCUUCCUACCCUGAUGUACAGGGAGAAAAUGUAAUUUACUAAGCUGAUGUUUCUCCAUGGGCAAGUCUCCAUGACAGAGCAUGUGAGCUAUAUUAGUAAUUAAUAGGAAUAUUCUAAACGCAAUAAUUAGCUAAUCAAAAUGGUUUAGAAUUGGCCCAGCAGGUUUACGGGCAAGACCACUUUGACCAGCUGCAUCAUGAGUCUUACUACAAGCCCCGUUACCUGAGAAGAACACAAAAUGGAAAGAUACUAGGUUACCCUAAUGGAAUACCUGGCGGCUGGAGUAAAUCUCAAAAGAUUCAUUUCGUAGGACACAGUCAAGGAGGGUAAACUGUUAGAUAUCUCUAGUAUUUGAUGAAGAUAGAUUACUUCAACGAUGGGACUAGUCCAAAAGGAGACAAGAGCGAUUGGUUUGCUUCGAUCAAUGCUGUUAAUCCAGUUCUUAACGGAGGGAUAGCUACUUACAUGUUUGAUUUUAAUUACGAUCAGGAGACAUUCGCAGGUCCAAAGCAAAGUGGCACUUUUAGAGAUCGUUGGUUCAUCGAAGGCUGUAAAAUUUUUACAAUUCUACAAAAUUUGGUUCAGGGUUCAGGCACUCUCAACGUUGACAGAGAGUAAAUCAAGUCUGUUAUCAGAACAUCCUAACACUUUGAUAAAAAUGAAGUGGUAUAUGAACUUGGAAAGUAGCCAUACUUUUUCUUUGAUUUCAACAGUGAAACAGUAGGUCAUAACAGAAGAAAAGGAGAAGGUAUUAUUGCCUAUAUUAUGAGAGUCAUGAAAAGUGAGUCUUUAUAUGGUAACACUGACUUCGCUCUACCAGAAUUUUGUCCUCAUCACAUGAAAGAUGUAAAUGCCAAGCUUACCUCAGCAAUGAACAACAAAACUUACUACUUCUCUUAUGCAGCUAGUGUUAGAGACAAGUAUAAGAUGAAGCAGAGAGAGGUAAUGAAUGAACCAAAGUAAGCUUCGAAGAUGGGAAUGGGAUUUGACAUUGAUGUUGAUUCAAAUUUGAGAUAUACCGAGAAGAUCUAGAAGAUGCCCAGGAGGCCACCAACCUCCCCUAGUUAUUUUGAAAAGUUCAUGAUGCUGAUCAAAGUGCUAAGCAAUGUUGUUUCAAUCAACAACAAAGUAUUCUUUGAGAGUCAAUUACACAUCAAGUGUCCAGCUAAUCAUCUCAAUAACGUCUUAAAUCCAAAUAUGAACAAUGCAACAGCUAUGGAUUGGGCCAAUAGAGAUAUUACUGGCGAUAGUGACAUGAUUCUUCCUCGAUGGACCCAGGAGUUUCCAAGAAUGGCAACAAAUUUCUAGAGCAAAGCAGGCAAAAAUAAGCCUUGGGGCUAGAAAUCUGAUCCAAUAUACUUUGAUGCAAAGAUUGACAGUCGAAUUCAACUAGAGUUUGAGAGAGGCAUUUGGUACUACACCUCUCUCAGAAUGAGCGACCAUCAUGACCUGGCUGGCUUUCCCAAUAGAUUUUGGUUUAUAUGGACCAUCUUAGGGAGAGAGUUCAGACCUUAGACGUACCUAAAUAUGUUUAAUAGAAUUAGAAGUUUGGAGUUUGAAGAGUGUAAUUAUGUUAGAAAAAGUUCUGAUUUGUUUGAAUGA